UGACCAACUCAUUAAUCUACGGAAUGAAAAUGUGAAUCAAUUUGAUGGACUGAACCAGCUGGGACCCCCACAGGUGGUGGAGCGGAGUGGGUGGGGGUGGGAGCACUUCGGCGUGAGAGCGGAGGGCGCUGUGGGUCAUCUCUACGCCCGCCAGACACUCGACUACGAGGACGAGACCCACAGGAGGGGAUUCAAGUUCAUGGUCCAGGUCACAGACAGGGACACAAGACAACGUGCACACGGGCGUCUCCCUCUCCCCCAGGGACGCGGGGGCUGGGAGGACGCGCGACACACGGACACGGCCUGGGUCUCCGUCAAGCUGCGAGAUCUCAACGACAACCCGCCCACGUUCUCUCGCUCGCACGCCCACGUCACGGUGCAGGAGGACGCUGCCCCUGGCACUGUCCUGGCCGUCCUCACCGCCCAGGAUCCGGAUAUGGACGGCCAGGAGAGCGUCGAGUACCGCGUGGAGAGCGCGUGGGACUCCCUCAACGUGAACACCGACGGCGAGGUGAGGCUGUGGCGCCGCCUAGACCGAGAGGCUCCUGGCGGGGCCGAGGGCGUAGCCAGAAUCAUCGGCGUCGACAAUGGACGACCGCCCUUGUCUGCCACCGCUACGCUCACCAUCACCGUGACGGAUGUCAACGACUGCCCCCCGCGCCUCCUGCCACCCACGAUCGUGCACGUGACAGAGAGCAGCCCACCCACGCGCCUGGCCACCCUCGCUGCCACCGACCUGGACGUGUGGGCGAUGGGCCACGGGCCGCCUUUCAACUUCUCCCUGGCUCGCACCAACCCCGCCCACGUCAAGGCGCUCAUCAAGAUCAAAUUCAGGCAGAACCUCGACAGUGGGCGUGGCGGGGCAGAGGUGUGGACGACCGGCUCCGUUGACAGGGAAGAACACAGACGACUCGAUGUGCAUGUGUGGUUAUCAGACGCAGGUGGGAUGUCAACAACAGAAGUCCUCACUGUUAUUGUCGAUGACAUCAACGACAACUUGAUGAGACCUGCUUCCAAAAAUGUCUACCUGUGCAAGCCUCGUGGCGGGGGAUCGGAUGCUCCCUUAGGACGCGUUUAUGUGGAUGAUCCGGAUGACUGGGACGUCAGGGACAAAGUGUUCGAGUGGGUCGGCGCCCCCCACCCCCUCUUCACUCUCAAUCGGAACACUGGAGACAUCUUUGCGUCGAGCCAAGUUAGGGAGGGGAGGUACCAGCUCCAGUUCACCGUCAGCGACCGGCUCUGGGGACAACGUGGAGUGUCGGCGAAUGUCACUGUAACUGUGAAACUGUUGACGGACGAUUCGCUAACACACGCUACACCACUGACUAUCACGCCCAUAAGCCCUGCGGUGUUGACUAAAGGAUGGACGCCCAUGCGCGGAGGGGGCGUGUUGGGCCGCCUGGUGCAAGGGAUCCUUCGCGCCGUGGGUGAAGACGCCCACGUGGUCGAGGUGGUGAGUGUGCACGACGCCCUCCGCCCUCCGUUUCCGCUCGACGCCCCGCCCAACGCCACGUCGACCUUCUUCCAGACGCCUCCGCCCUCGUUCGUGUCCCCUGCAACGUUCCCCUCCGACGCCUCCGCCCGGUCUGCGUGCGUGUGGGUGAGCGUCAGGGAGGCAAUGGGGGGCUUCAUCGACCCCGUGAAGCUUCAGGGACUUCUGCAGCUUCAUUCCGCCGAGGUUUCCAAAGCGGUCAAUUUGACGGUGACGGCAAAGGACUCGGAGAAGCUGGCGUCUUUCCCUAAGCAGCUGGAGGACGCUAGGGAGCCUCUCGACCGCCACCCUGGCUCACAGGACACCCAGGAACCCUCCUCAGCCGCCUCAUUGUCCUCGUCGCCCGUCCCGCUGCAGGUGGUGGACAUCAACGCCACGUCCUUGGUGACCCCCCACCUCACCCACGCCCACCGCUGCCAAGCCCUCGAGUACGAGACUUGCACGCCCGCGACCUGUCUCAAUGGAGGGCGCUGCGUGGGAGCCCAUGGGGAAAGCAGGUGCGUGUGCCCCGGGGGUUCCGACGGCCCUCAGUGCAAGGUCCUCUCCCGCUCCUUCUCGGGGGCAGGCUGGGUGUGGGUCAAGGCCCUCCCCCCGUGCCUCCCCACCACCAUAUCCUUCCGCCUCCUCACCCAGCGCCCCCACGCCCUCGUCCUGUACUCCGGCCCCCUCGCGCCCACCUUCCCCCGUCGCGAGAGGAGGACGCCCACGCCCCUCUUGGCCGUACAGGUGCGGGAGGGGCGGCCUCAGGUGCUGCUCUAUGGCGGGGGCGGUCAACUCAAGCUGUCUGUGAACGCCACGGUGCACGACGGGCAGUGGCACACCAUCUACGUGCGGAUUCACUCCAAGGGAGUGGUCGUGUCCGUGGACCUCUGCGGCCGCGACGACGGGUCUCCCUGCGUGGCGAAAGCGACGUGGGGCGUCCCCGCCGAGACGCAGCCCUGGUUCGGCUCCAGCCCUCUGCAGGUGGGCGGCCUGGCUCACUCACGCCCUCGCCCCGAGGAUCACGGCUGGGACGAGGCGCCGACGACUCGCCCGCUGGACGGCUGCAUUUCGCACCUGCGGGUCAACAGUCAGGUGAGGUCUUGGCGCAGGGCGACCCGGGGUGCCAUCUCGCCGCCUCGGCAGGAGGAGAAAAGUGACACUAACUAUCCUGCAGUUUUGUUGCAGCUCGUGGACCUGGGCGAGCCGCCCUACGCCAAGGGCAGCGUGGCUGGGUGUCGGGCGCAGGAGGCGGCGUGCAAGGGCGGCAGGGGCGCGUGCGGCUUCCGCGGCCGGUGCGUCGGCGGCCACGCCGAGCCUGAAUGCGAGUGCGACCCUGGAUGGACGGGCCCCAGGUGCGCCACGCCCACGGUGCCGGCCAUCUUCGGCUCGUCCUCCUACGUGAAGAUGGCGCUGGCGGUAGCCGUUCCGACGCACGAGGUGCGAGUGCAGCUGCGCAUGAGGACGCGCGACCUGCGAGACGGCCCGCUGCUCCAGCUCUCCUCGCGGCACCACCUGGGGACCCUCUCCCUUCACGUGAGUCCCUCCGCGGCAUGGCAACUCCUGUCAGAAAGGGAAAGAGCAGACAGAAAGCGGCGCAGCGUGCGUCUCACUCCCUUAAUCGCGUCUGCUCGUCCUUUACAGCUGCGGGCUGGCAUGGCGUGCGCGUCCCUGGGCGGAGGCAGCCGCUCGCCGCAGACAGUGUGCGUGGAGGGGCGCCCCAUCGACGACGGUGCGUGGCACACUGUGCGGGCAGAGCGCCACGGACACAAUCUGCUGGUGAGCGUGGACGACGGCGACGGCUGGCGGAGGAACGAAUCACUGGUGACCCUGGAGGAGGGGGCCGUGGGGCGCGGCUGGGACCCCCCCGUCACGUCCCCCUCGACGGACCGUGAGGACAUCACGGUGGGCGCCGCAGCAGAGGCGGCGGACGGCGGCGUUGACUCUCUUGACUCGGAAAAACACACCUGUAUUGACGACGUGAGAGUGGCUGGCCGCCCACUCCCGCUGCCUCCGGCCGUAAACGUGACAUCGUGGGCGAGAGUGACAGCCGUGCACCAGCUGGAGGUCGGGUGCCCUGCUGCCGCCGAUGCCUGCACCAACACCACCAGCUGCCCGACACCCCUCUCCUGCUUCUCCAGCUGGGGGCGGGCCUCUUGCAGCUGUGGCCCGGGCCGUCAGCUGGUGGGCCGCACGUGCCAGGACGUGGACGAGUGCGCGUGGCGGCCCUGCCUGCACGGAGGCUCCUGCCAGAACCUGCGGCCCGGGUUCCUCUGCGUGUGCGGCCCGGGCCACGCGGGCGACUACUGCCAGUGGACCAAAGUUGAUUCCGCAGCCUACCCUCUCACGGGGCCGGUGGCCAUCGUGGCCCUAACUCUGUCUGUGAUUUUUGUGGUGGUGGUGGGCGUCGUGUUCUCCGUGAAGCUCCACCGCCACUGGCACAGCGGCGGCGUGAGGGCGGGGAGCAGUAGCGGCGGCGGCGGCGGAGGCGGUGGGGGUGGUGGGGUGUGUAGCGGCGAAGGAGGAGGGAAAGAAAAAGGCGCUGACGAAGGAGGGACGGUCCUGGAGGAGAAGGAAGACCCAGAGGACGCCAGGAGAAGGAAUCGACGCCGCUUUCUAGGACGUUUGAGCCACAUGGUGCCCACGCUGAGGACGCCCAAGGGAGGUCCGACGCCCAUCCCGACGAAGGAAGACACCAGAAUCCCCGACAAAUUAGCCCGCACGAGCCUCCCGGAGCCCGCGGAAUCGCCCAGCCCCGCGCCCACGGCUCCGCCAUCCGGGACUUCGCUGCCUCCAGGAUCCGAUCCCCCUCUGGCGCCUCUCCCGCCCGACUCGAUCCUCUGCAAGGACGAUCUGCGCGCCUAUGCCUACGAGGGGGAUGGGUCGUCCUCGGUGUCCGCGCUCUCGGUCAUUUCAGGCCUGCGGGCGGAGCAGACGGAGGAGGGCGGCAUCAGGCCCCUGGUGCCGGGCUUCCUCGACGUCCUGGACCUCCUGCGGCACCUCCCCGACGGCCCGAGGUCCCCCCCACUCCAUGGUGCCAGAACCAAGUGCCAAGGUAGCCCAUCGCCCCGCGCCAGUGCCAGCGCGUCACCCGCUCACUCUGCGGGCCUCCCUUCCCCUCCGGCCUCCCCGUCUUCCUCUGCCGGACUCGCUGACGAAAGGGAAUCGUCUCCAGCGCCCUACGGUGUUGCGUCUUCCUUGCCCCGACCCUGCGCUGCUGCUGCCCCGCCUGCCACGCCAGCCCCCUGCGCUGUCCUCCCAAGCUGCCCCUCCACUUUCCCCAGCUGCCCUUCCAGCCUCGCCGCCUGCCCCGCCGUUCAGCCUAGCACCUCCACGCCCUCCAUCGCAGCCCCCUGCCCCCCCGCGCCGACCCCCCACAGCGCCUCCCCGAGCUCCCUCACCGCCGCCAGAGCGCCCUCAGGAGCGCCGGCGGAGGAGGAGCAGUUCACGAUGUGCUGACGAGCCCAGACCCUUUCUAAAGACCCUCAGCUUGGACAAAGAGAAAAAUAAUGAUAAAAAGAAAACAAAAAUAAUUUCAUAUUCUCUUAAAUAUUUUCUGUAUUUCAAUUUCUAUGAAUAAGUGUAAAGAAAAGAUAUAUUCCUAGUAUUUUAUGAAGAAUAUCUGUGAGAUGGAUCAGUGUGAUGUUAGAUGUGAUCGUGUGUGGAUAUGUGACUUUUACAAACUUUAAAAAAAAAACAGAAAGAAAAUGGAAAAUCUACUCUAAAUCUGACUAGCCUUCUCGCGUAGGAAAAAUUACCACGAAACCCAUUCAAAAGAAGUGUGAUUAGAAUCGGUUAUAUCUUCACUCUCUCGAGACUUUUUCCCCAUGAUUUCCUUUAUAUAUAUAUACCUCAUGUAAUUUACUCUGCGUCUAAGUACACACCGCGGUAUGUUCGAGCCCUGCUGUGUGGUUUCGGAAGAUGACUGUGGUCGUAGUUGGUCUAAAUUAAUAGCGAAGAGAUACAAAGGCUGUGUCGGUUUCCUUGAAGAAGUCUGGUCACUACUUGGGUGGAUAUUUCUUACGUUUUGUAACAUACAUAAAGUAAUGAAGUGUU